AUGCUCGACUCCGGAUUAGAGCGCUUCAUUCCGGAGAAGACAUGGCCAGUAGGGAAACCGCUGGAAGCGGAAAUGCUGGCGCCGGCAAAAGCUCUGGACCGUCCGACACUGGUGCUCGUAGCCGACGAGGAAUCCUUGCAAUGGAAAACAUUGAAUACUCUGACGUAUUCGGUGGGUUUGCGGGUUUUUGCUGACAGCGACCCACUGCAUCCACUCUGGAACAACGUGAAAAGCAGCAUCAAGAAGGCUGGCCUGGGAUCGGCGCUUCUCAAAGCAACUCUCAUGAGCCACACGGACCACUCUCCGUUUGACUCGGGUGUCAACUUGGUCACCAAGGCUGAAGCAGCUGAAUUAUGGAUAGAACGUUGCUCACGAGAGCAGUUUCUUGAACUGCAAGAAAACAUGGCGUUCGACAGAGGUUGCAAGGUCACGGAUUCGGGGAAUGUCCCCGGCAGUCCACAAGAGCUGCUAUGCGAGAGUGCAGUGACAACACGUGGGAUUUACGUGCUGUCCUCAGUCUGUGCGGUGACGUGUUUUUAG